GGUGAGGAAGAAGAGGCAGCCGCAUGUGGUGGCGGUCUGCCGGUAAUUUAAAGCGCAGAAGAAGAAGCGUGUUCCUGUGUCCACGUGAGCGGAGCAGCAUGUCUCCUCCAGGAGGGAAGAUAAACAGACCGAAAACGGAGUUGGGUAAGAAGCUUUUCAAGCGGCGGCGAGUCCUGGGUCGAGAGAAGAGGAAGAAACACCAGAUAGUCGGAGCUGUGGUGGAUCAGGGUCUCAUCACCGUCCAUCACCUGAAGAAGAGAAAGUCGAGUCCCAGAGCGAACAUCACUCUGUCUGGAAAGAAGAGACGAAAGCUGCUCAAACAGCUGCAGCACAUGCACCAGGAGAAGGCCGGUAUGGAAGUUGAAGCGGCGGCUCCAGCACCGAAGAAACAGGACUCCUCUUCAGCUCCGACCAAGAAGAAGAAGAAAGCGGCUGGAUCCCAGGAGGACGUAGACAUGGCCGAUGUCGAAUGAAGAGAAGACAGAAUCAUCUGGUGAAUUAGGGCGCCGUCCUGUCUUUUAACCCAGGGGACAUUUUGGACGCAGCGGAUCACGAAUGGAGCCCUGAAAUGCGAUCGAGUGGUUUCUCUGAACAAACGUGUGAAAGUAAAGUUGUGUUUUUCACAGUUCGGAGGGAUGAAAAUCUGUCUGCAGCUGUAUGAGUCAGACAUGGUGUGAUUUUUAAAGAACUAUUACAGGAACAAUACAAAGAGCCUGAGAGUUACAGGAAGAUAUGGAAACCCAUCCCUGCCAAAAGUUAAAAAAAAAAAAAAAAUCAGGAAAAGUUAGGAAAGAUUAAAAAAAA